AUGGGAAGCGCCGAUCCGGUCGAUGAUCGGACCUUCAAUGGUAAUUUCAGUGAGGAAGGAGUUGCGAAGUUGAAAGAGAUGGUAAAGCAUAAACUGAAGGAGUACAUGGGAUAUUCAGAUGACACUCUCGCGGAUUAUGUGAUAGUUUUGCUUAGAAACGGGAGACGGAAAGAGGAAGCAAAGAAUGAAUUGAAAGUAUUUCUUGGAGAUGAUAGCGACUCUUUUAUAACCUGGUUGUGGGAUCAUCUGGCUGAAAGUCUGGAUGAUUACUUUAUUGCUCUUAUUGAGCAGACUACCAGUAAAAAUGAGGAGAAGGCACUUGUGCCUAUGGAUUCUGAAACUGAAAAGGGACGAUCUGGUACUCGCCGUAGUAGACAAUGGAGAAGCCAGCCAAGUAAUGCUCCUGAGAUUCCUCCACUUCUGAGCUCUGAGGUUCACAGAAUUCAUGACUACGAGAAGAAUGAUCACAAACAAAGACGUGAUAAAAGGUCUCCAUCUCCCCAGUCUCAAUCCCACAGGAAAAGGACUAGAACUGAUGACUCGCGGAAAGAACAGAGGGAGGCUAAACCCGAUGUCUCUCGCCGGCUGCUUCAGUUUGCUGUGCGAGAUGCUCUGGCAAUACCAAAGCCGCCAACUAGUUCAACUGGAUCCUCAUUAAAACGUCUUCGUUCAGUGGUGGCUGCAUCUACACAAGACUCAUCUGACCCUGACCCAGCUCCGAAAAUUCGAUCUGUUGCGAGGGUUGUGAAUCCCAUGGCUCAUGUUUUAAAAGCCGUCGCUGAAGCAGCAGAAGAUGUCAAAAAACCAAAAUCUGGGAAAAGUGUCUUUGACAGAAUAAGCCACUCUACUGGUUUUUCUGGGACCCGAGACCAACAUAUGGUAAAUGGUGAAGUUUCUCCUGUGAAUGAAGAAUCUAACAACAACGGCGUGUAUGAUGAGAACAUGACGACUUUUGACACUAGCUUGCAGCCAAAUGUUUCGUCUGGUCGAAGCAGACUCAGUUCAAGUGCUAAUGCGUUUCACCCAAGUUCUUUUCCUGGGAACAGACUUAACAAUCCAAAUAGUCUGCAGCAUCGUUUGGUCAAUGACCCCAAAAGAGUUGAAGCUGAGAAAUCUGGCAAUGUAGAUACUGGGAAAUCAGUAAGGUUAGACGAGCCGAUGAAAGUACCAGACGUGGGUCUGCAGAGAUUUAUGGACGGAGGCAUCACACAAUCAUCAACUGAGAAAAUCUUGAGUGAUACAACAGGGAAUGGAAUUAUAAAAACUGGUGCCAAUGCGAAAGAUGAUGUGAUGUCUAAGAAAUCUGUUCCUGGGACAUUACCCACCCGCCCUUUGGAAGAUGCUAGUUCUCGAACAAUCUUUGUCGCCAAUGUUCAUUUUGGCGCCACCAAGGAUAGCCUUUCAAGGCAUUUCAACAAAUUUGGUGAAGUUCUUAAAGCUAUUAUAGUUACAGAUCCAGCAACAGGGCUACCAAGUGGAUCAGCAUAUAUCGAGUUCACGCGCAAAGAAGCUGCAGACAAUGCAUUAUCUCUGGAUGGUACCUCUUUCAUGACUCGGAUUCUCAAGAUUGUGAAAGGAAGCAAUGUGCAACAACAGGAGGCUGCGUCGAGCAUGACAUGGCCUCGUGCAGGAAGGUUCACAAGAGCAGCGUCCUCAUACCGAAGAGGUGGUCCAUUUAGGGGACGUUCGGUUGUUAGAGGUGGAGGCAGGAGUAUGCAAUGGAAGCGCGAUUCAGCCGAGACCGGAAACAACGUUGUAGCUCCCAGUCCUCGUAGUCUGACUUACGUCCGAACAGAAUCAACAUCAGACGGAGGAAAUGCAGCAAUUUGA